ACAUGCAUAUGCGCUCCACUGGAGGAUCACAGGUUCAAAAACAUGGAAGAUCAUAUCAUCCUGUAUUCUUCUCUCUUUGCUCUCAUCCUCCUCCUCGCCUUCAAUUUCUUAUUUCUCUCCAGAAAACGGUACAAGAACCUUCCUCCAAGCCCACCAUCUCUCCCCAUAAUUGGCCACAUCCGUCUCUUAAAACUGCCCACUCACCGUUCACUCCGUAGUCCUGCGGACAAGUACGGUCCAAUCAUCUCCCUCCGGUUUGGCUCCCGCCCUGUUGUUGUCAUAUCAUCAGCAUUAGCCGCCAAAGAAUGCUUCACCAAGAACGAUAUUGUUUUGGCCAACCGACCAAAAUCACUUACGGGAAAGCAUGUAGGUUACAACCACACCACGGUGGUCACCUCGUCAUACGGAGAUCACUGGCGCAAACUCCGUCGCAUCACUUCUAUUGAAAUCUUCUCCUCUAGCCGCCUCAACAAGUUUCUUGGGGUACGAAGAGAUGAAGUGAGGCGACUAUUGGUGAAAUUAUCUCAUAAUUCACGACAAGACUUUACGAAAGUGGAGUUGAAAUCAAUGAUUGUUGAUUUAACGUUUAACAACAUCAUGAGAAUGGUUGCAGGAAAACGAUAUUAUGGGGAGAAUGUGACUGAUGAAUAUGAGGAGGCAACACGAUUCAAGAAGCUGAUAGAGGAGUUGAUCCAAAUUGUUGAAAUAGGGAAUAUCGGACGCAGUUUCUUCCCAUUGUUGAAUUGGAUUGGGAACUAUGAAAAGAAAGUUAUAAACAUUGCCAAAAGAAUGGAUGCAUUCUUGCAAGGGUUGGUUGACGAGCACCGUAGCACGAAGAUGGGAAACACAAUGAUCGAUCAUCUCCUUUCGUUGCAGGAAUCAGAGCCUGAAUAUUACACCGAUCAAAUCAUAAAAGGGAUUGUUGUGACCAUGAUACUUGCUGGAACGGAUACAUCUGCUGUCACAUUAGAAUGGGCAAUGUCUGAGUUACUUAACCACCCCGAAGUACUAAAUAAGGCUAGAGAAGAGAUAGACACUCAAGUGGGUGAAGAAAGGCUAAUGGACGAACCGGAUGUCUUGAAGCUCCAUUACCUACAAAGCAUCAUGUGGGUAUGAUGUGCCGCAAGACACUAUGGUAUUAGUAAAUGCAUUUGCCAUUCACAGAGACCCGAAUUUCUGGGAUGAACCAGAAAGUUUUAAACCAGAGAGGUUGGAGAAGGAAGAGAAUAAGGAGAGCCAUAAGUU